AUGAAGCGAAAGUCUCAAAGCUCUUCUAACACAGCUAGUCGUCGUGCUCGCGCUGUCUCUCCUCCGUCCUCUCCAUCCUUCUCUCGUCGUGAAGAGAGUAAUAUUGACGCCGUACCUCCCGCCAUCGAUGUUCCGCGAGGGCGUGGACAAGCUAAUGUCACACGAGAACGCGCACUUUACUUUGCAACAGGUGAAGUCGUGGCACCUGCCUCUGCACCUACCGAAGAGACAGAGUCUUGGCCAGGCUACUAUGCGACCAUUCGAGAAUUAAGUAAUAAUCGCCAGGCCGCGCAGGACGCACGAAACCGUCGCCAGCCCGUUGAGGAGCUACCCAAGAUCGUGUGGACGCCUAAACGAUGUGCCCGUGCGUCUGUCCUUAGACAUGAUUACAAAGUACAACGACUAAGAGACCUUGCGCUUAAAAGUCUGGCAGAACAUAUCGAGCAGCUACCCACUCUUGAAUACAUUGACGCUACUGCACGUCAUCAAGUCGCUCGUGCUGUCGUGAAGCUCCGACGCCUUAAACCCGAGGUUUUGCCGCUUUUCAUUUUUCCUGGAGUCACAGAAAUUGACAUUCCAGAUUGCUCUAACAUUGAUGAAGACACGUUGAUCUGUGCGCUUAAAAAGUGUUCAGCAUUGUCGGUGUUGAGACUUGGACUGUGUGGGCGUUGUGUCUCAGACAAUGUCAUCCAUGAGCUUGGAGACGCAUUAAAGUCCGUGGAGCAAUUACAAGUGCAAGGAUGCUAUCGACUCUCUGACGCGGGAUGCGAAGCUCUCGUCCGUCGAUGUGCGCCAUCGUUGGACUCGUUCGAAAUCUCUUGCAAUCAGCGAAUGACGAAAAAGUCGAUUGAUUAUUUUAGUGAAUUACAGAACUUGCACUCGUUGACGUUAUCUGAGUGUCCGCAGAUUGGCGAUGCCAGUUUAGAAUCUUUGAAGACCAUGCACAAUCUUAGGAAGCUUCAGCUCAAUCAAAUGGAACGACUGACCGACGAUUUUAUUGUCUCAAUUUCCCAAAGUUUGCAGGACCUGGAAGAAUUCUCGGUAUCUCGAUGCUCCCAACUGACUGACGUGGCGGUUAAAGGAAUUUUGAACGCUUGUCGACGUUUGAAAGUACUGGAUGUGUCGGAUUUGCAUCUUAUUACAGAUGAAUGCUUCGAGCUUGUUCGUGAACAUGGACACGCUCUACGUCACGUUUCUUUGCGCUGUUGUUUGAAUUUGACGGAUAUUGCGAUUCAACAUAUUGCCUUUGGUGCUAAAUUGUAUUUAGAAAUAUUAGAAAUGUCCAGUGUUUCGCAAGCUACCGAUGAUGCUGUGAUGGCGUUGCUUGAACACUGCGCUACUAGUAUGACUGCACUCGAUAUCUCAUUCUGUCGAAAUAUCAGUGAAAAUGCAUUGGGGAUGUUAGCUGACGGUGCUGAAAACCUUCGCUUCUUGGUGCUCUGGGGUUGUACACAGGUUACUGCUCGCUUUUUGACUUGCCAUUCCCAAGACGAUUUGAUAGUCACUGGGCAUCCACUACUAACAGGCCUCUCGAUUCGACUGCGGAGAAUUAUUUUGAGCAUGAUUUUUACUCUCGGGACAGGGCGAUUGAAACAGAACAGGCAGCUGGUAAUUGACGGGAAUGAUGAGAUGGCAAAGCUUAUGAGCGGCGUAUCUCAGAUUUCAUGGGCGUGA